GAACGGCGUGACGCAAUCAGUUCUUCAGGCAAGAUAUUCCCUCACCACCUAGACCAUCGAGAUCCUGAAGAUGAUCCUAACUCAACGAGAACGCUUUUUAUUGGGAAUCUUGCUCCAGAUAUAACCGAAGCUGAAAUCACUGAGAUCUUUGAAAAGUACGGCUUUAUUGAAGAUAUUGAUAUCAAGCGUCCAGCCCCAGGUUCGGGUUGCAAUGCCUAUGCCUUCCUGCGUUUUGUCAACCUUGAUAUGGCGCAUAGGGCUAAGGUAGACAUGUCAGGGCAUAUGAUUGGUCAGUUUACUUGCAAAAUUGGCUAUGGCAAGGUAACACCUACUCGUUGUCUUUGGGUCGGAGGUCUUGGACCCUGGAUUACGUAUCCAACCUUUGCCAGUCUCUUAAACCGUUUUGGUCCUCCUGAACGAAUUAUAUGGCCAUCAGGGAAAAAUUAUGCCCAUGUACUCUUUCGUAAUGUUGAACUUUCCACCGUUGCAGCUGCUACUCUACGAGGCUAUCCUCUGGGAGGUCCGGAUCGCCGUAUUAGAGUUGAUUUUACCGACGAAAUUUAUAUGACAAAUGAUCCAUUAGUGGCUCGUAGAAGACCACUUCCCUCAACUAUUGAAAAUGAUGACAUACUUCGUAAGACACAGAGGUCACAUUUCAGAGGCGGUGAUUGUAGCGAUGAAAUUUACCGAGCUAAUUUUCCGAACCACUCCCGUCACCAGGACCGAGAUAGGCACAAAAGAAAGCCGACCCCUGAUCGUCUGCUCCGUGCUUCUCGCUCACGCUCCCUAUCUCAUUCCAGCAAAUCCUCUAUUAAUACGUCGAGCUCAAAGAUCCACGAUCUUGGAUCUCGCCGUAACGUAUCUCCGCGUUGCGACCACAGCUCUCGAUCUAAUUCUCCCGACUACAGAUCCCCUUAUGAUAAACAAAAUUCUCUGGCCAGGCGCCCACUUGACGCAAAAUUAGAGGCGAAGACAUGCUUUAGGCAUAACCCUUCUCUUGGUUCUUCAGAUUUUGAUCCAUUACUAAGCCUUGAGACAGCCUUGAAUGUUGAGCAACUGGCUACUAGCUUGCCUACAGCUUGGGAUGGUAUGUUUUUUCUAAAAAAUAGUAGUUUUGCAUGUCGUAUGCACAUUCUGCGAGGAGAUGAAAACUUAGUGGAUCAAUUUCUUCCCAGAAGACACCUGUCUACAUUUCCGCCCUGCACUGUUAUGCUUUCCCGAGUCUCUCAAAAGGAAGAUCCUGCAAUGCAUGUGGAGACCCACGUCACGGAGCACAAGCUUAUCGCAACGUCUAACUCUAAUUCUUGUGAUUGCCUGAAAGGUGCUGCAGCUGGCAGUCAUUCAGAUUAUACUCCUACAGAGGAUAACGAUCGCUUGACACGUGGUGGCAGACCUCGCACCCCGCCUGAAGAAGACGAGACCGUUGCUGCUGAUGUGAGAGUGAAAAGUAAGGACAUGCUUUCUACGGAUAUUGAGAGAGAGGAAGGGGAAGAAGACGAUGAAGACGAGGACGAUGAUGAGGAGCAUACGAACCAUUUGCGCCCCGCUGUAAGCAAAAAGCCCGAAGAUUCUCCCUCGACACAUUUAGGUGGAGUACCGCGAUCAAAACCUCCAGUUACUUCAGAUGAUUCAGACUUUAUCGAAGAGCCUAUA